UCAAUUAUUCUUCUGCUCUUUCUAUAUAAACCACCAUGCUACAAGCUUCCUCUUGCAAGGAAUUCCCUCAGACCUUCCUCCUCUUUUUCAUCAAUAUGCUGCAAAACCCUUGUCUUAGAUUUCUGCUUCUGCUCUCGUUGCUUUUCUCCUUCCUUCUAUCUUUCACUGCAGUUCCUACAACCAGGAGCCUCAGGUCAGAUGAUGAAUACUUGACUGUCCAAGAAUCACUGGGUGCAGGGGAUUUGGGGUUGUUUGAUGUGGGAGAGGGAGAAGGUUUUAUUGAGGGGAGGAUGGAUAUGGAAAGCACAGACUAUCCGGGGACAGGAGCAAACAAUCACCAUGACCCACGAACUCCUGGACGAGCUUGAAGAAGAACCAGGCCCCUGUUUUAUUUUUAGUAUUGGGUAUACGUGUACAGGGCACCGUCUAAAAAAUAUUUUUGUUUUUUUAUUUUUCUCAGACAUUGGUAUGAAAAAAAUUAAUGUUAUAAUACCGUUAUGUCGUUAGACUGAUCGUCUGAUCAGUAGGCGGGGUGAGGAAAUAGGUGACACCCCAGAAUGAUUGUGGGAGUUGACGGGGGUCGACGACGGUGCAACGGAUCUAGACCCAAAUGAGAGAGAGAGUGGGAUUCUGGGUGGGUGGGUUGGUUGGGGCAGCUUGGGUGGCUCUUGGUGGUUGGCUGGGGGUUGUGGGGAAAAGGGAUGAUGGGUCCUUUAUUUUUUUUUUCUUUCUUUUAUUUUGUAAAUUUAUUUCUUAUUUUUAAUUAAGAAAUUAAAAUUUGUAAGUAAUUAUAUAAUUAAUUUUAUUUGUUUUUAGUUCAAUAGAGUAUAAAAAGUGGCUAAUUUGUGUCAUGUCAUAAAUUUAACGGAUAAAAUGGUAGAACUAAGUUGUAAUAAUUUAUUUUUUUGG